AUGACGUCUCCGGAUGCUGAACCCCCUGCGUUGUUUAACGACCUAAAAUUCUUCUUGUCAGCUACCGUACCACAGCGGUCUUGGUGCGCAGACCUCAUCAAAUCCAUUGGAUGCCAGAAUCAUGGCGGGAAGGUUGUGCCCCUGGAGAAAAACGCUGAUAUUCUCCUUGUUGAUCACAUGAAGAAGGACCUUCCCCCUGGCAGCAUCAUUCAUAGCUACUCAUUCAAGUUUAUUGAUCGCUGCUUACGAGCCGGGAAGCUUCUGGAUCUGGAGGAAUUCCGGGCCGGACCAGCACCUGGCAACGCCCGCCCAGUAGGAUCUGUAUCUAUACCCGCCAGAGGACACAGGGUGGGCUUUACGGCAGAAGAUGACCAAAUUCUCUACGAUUGGGUGAAGCCAAUUGAGAGGCAAGGCGGGCCAAUUAGGGGAAAUAAGAUUUAUCAACAGCUCGAAGAAAAGCAUCCGCAGCAUACUUAUCAAUCGUGGCGAGACCGUUAUCUUAAGGUAGUGAAGGAUCGCCCACGACCGGUUACAAGAGAAGAUAACACGCGAACCACAGAAUCUACUAUCCCACCUGAGCCCACAGGCUCCGAUGGGGAAAAUUCAGCGCCGAGAGCGCGGACGGAGCGGUCGGACUCGCAAUCCAUUGAACAAAUGUCCGCUCCAUUCCUGAGCUCCGAAGAAGAUGAGCUCCUUCGUUUCGCAUCCAAGAUUCUAGAGGUCGACCCAGCCCUAGAGAAUGACUUCUGGGCUGAGUUUGCCCAAGAUCACGAUCGUCAUACACCAAUCGAAUGGAAAAACUAUUUCCAUACAUUUAUCCGUCCCAAGCAUAUUAUGAAAAUGAGGAUGACAAAGGGGGCUAUAAGAAAGUCGCCGUCCAUCUCACCAGCCAAAAGUGAUCAUCAACCACCCCAUUCCAAUGAAGAGAUAGCCCCAGUAACAGAAACUAACAUCACUGCAUCCACAACGACAUCUCUAAAGCGGAUCAUCUCGGAUGCCCAAGAUUCUGCAGAGGAGCAGUCAGCGGAGAGCGUCAUAAAACGGCGACGUACAAUAGGAAUGGAAACAGCCACGGACUUACCGUCAGCGUCAACCUACGAUAGGGUCGACGGGGCUAGAAGACGAGCCACCGACUAUAUCCGGGAGCCUUCCGUCCAUAUAUCAGCCCUUGGUGACAUUGUCCAAACUUCCCCAUCCCCUAUCGAACCAAUUCCUAUGGCCUCGGGCGCGUCGGCGCCUCUAGAAAUAAGUGAAAGCAUCUCACAGUCCAACGGGGAUUACGAAACAGCACCGCAAGAACAAUCCACCCAAGAUAUCUUUGCCAAUCUGCAGCAACAUGUGAACGACGUCAACAGCCUUCUCUAUCCAACGCUCCCACGCGUCUCGGAGGAGGAAGAGGAACUAUCCAAUUCCGAAGAAAUAACCGAAAAGGAGAAAGAAGAAAUCCAAGAGCUUGAUCAAUGGAUUGAAUCAAGGCUCCACACCGGAAGGGCCAAAGACAAAGGGCAGAUCAUCCAAGCUCUUUCGUGUACAUCCAUGAAUCCCUAUUUGGCUGAUAAGGUACUUGAUCAUCUGAACAAUGGCGAAGGCAUCCCGAACAAUAUUCCUGGAAUAUGGACGGAGGAAGAUGAUAGCCUUCAUGACUCAAGCGAUUCCAUCGACAUAAAGAAAUUAGAGGAGAAACAUGGUACAGAAAAUUUCGAUAUUCGUGGGAAAUACCUGAAUACGGUGCGACAGCUCAUGUCAGAAGAAAAAGACCCAUAA